AUGAAUGUAUUAUUAGAGAAGGAGCUUUAAAAAUUGGCUGCAGGUAAUUACCAAAGAGCAUCUGAUAUCAAAGAUUCAAUUUAAAAUAUUCUUUUUGAAAAUUAACUCAACCAUGCUGAGAUAGGAUUAUGUUCGUCUAAAAUUAUGGCAUCAGAGAAAAGUUUAUUAGAAUUUCUAACAAAUCAUGUUCUUGAUAAAGAUACUUAUUAUGCUUAGACUAAGAAAUCUUUAUAUUAAAUUAUAGCAAAAUACAUAAAAAAUUAUGUUCAAUAUGUAUCUGAAUAUUUGGAAUCAAUAAUUGUAUACUGAUUUUAUUUAUUUAAAAUUAGAGCACUUGUAUUUAAAAUUUUAAAAAGGAAGAAUCUGGAGUAGCAAAAGAGGCAUCACUAUUCCCAAUAAUAAAAAUCUAUAAACAUUGUGAUCAAUAAAUUUUAGUAAUUAUUUUAGAAAUUUUAUAAUUAGGUUAGAUUAUAAGUACAUAAAAAUAUAUUUCAUAUUUUAUUAUAAGAAUGUCUUGAAACUAAAUUAACAGCUGGUGUAAAAGGAAGGAUAUUUUAAUCAUUGGGUUUAUUAAUGAAGAGAUUUAAUAAUGAUCUUGAGGAACAUGGAAUUUAUUUACAUGCAUUCUAAUCUAUUAUUAGUUAAAUUUAAAGUAGUAAACCUGAAAUGGUUAUAAUUGAAGGUAUUCUUAAAUUCUUUAAACAAUGUUUAAUAUUUCAUCCUUUUAAUUAAGAUUAACUUGCUAAGUUAUAUCAAGUAUUAGUCACAUUUUGUAAGCCAGUAGAAGAUUUAUCUACAUUUAAAGUACCAAUAGCAGCAUGUAAAUGUAUGAAAUAGAAUCUUGAUUUGUUUGGACAUUUUUUAAUAAUAAGAGCAAAUGCUUUAACAUUAUUUGAAUAAUAUAUAAAGAUUUUAUAACAUCGAAAUAGAGAUUUAAAAGAAUGUGUUUAAGAUUUGCUUGAAUUGUUUAUACAAAAGAUAUCUUAAUAGCUUGAUCAUAAUAUAAAUGAUCAUAAAGUAAAUCUAUUUAUAUAUUUAGAUAAUAUUUAAUGUUAUAUUAAAUAAAUUUAUUGAAAUUUUGAAUGACAACAAAGCUGAUAUGUUUUUGAUGACUGUUAUUAUUAGAUCUGUUGGACAUUUUGCAAGAGCAAUAGCAAAUUUAAGAGGAGAGAAAUAAUUGAGUGAUUUUUUUGAUAAGUUAAACGAUUUGGGAUUUGAGAGAUUAUUAUAGGUUUAUGAAGAAUUUUAUAAGGAAGAAGAAGGAAAUAUAAAAAAAGGAGCUUAAUUUAAAGUUUUGCUUUAUAGAUAAAAGUAAUUAAAUUCAUUUUUGAUAUCGUAUGCUAAUAUAAUCAAGAAUCUCACUAUAAUUUCAGAUAAACAAAUUUAACAUCUAUUUGCUUUAUGUUCUCUUUGUAUUAAAUAACAUUAUAAUUAUUUUGAAAAUUAUAGACCUUAUCUAUAUGAUGGAAUGGCAAAUAUUAUCAUAUCUAUAUUUGGACAUUAAAAUAUCGGAAUUUAAUUUAUAAGCUCUUUAUUAUCAAAAGGAGUCAUUGAAGGAUUGAAAUUAGGAUAGAAUUAACUUGAUGGAGAUUUAUAUUUAAAGACAUGUUAAGAAAUGGCAAAAUUAUGGAUUGGAAUUAUUGAAUAGAAAAUAUGGACAUAACAUUAUUUAACAAAAUUUGUUAAAUAGUUAUUUGAUCAAAUUGCAUAAUUAAUUUAAAAUUGUAAUUUUGAUUCAAAUUAAAAAGAAGUAACUUAAUUAGAAGAAUAAAAUUAAUAAUAAUUCUCAUUAAAAAUUUAAGAAUUUAGAAACUUUGCUGUGAAUCCAAUCUAACUAUAAUAAUUUCAUAGAUUUAUUUUAAUGUUAUCAUCUUUAAUACCUAAAAUUCCAAUAGAAUCUGCAGUGAUAUCAGUUUUGAGUUUAUUAAAUUUAGUGUAAAUUAAAAUUAGGAAAUAUCCAAAAGCUUUAUUACUAUUAAUAUUUGCAAGAAUUUUAUUAAAAUAUAUCAAGGAAACUUAAUUAAUGAGUUAAUAAUUUUUUGAAGCAAGAUAAAAAUAAAUAUUGAUAAAUUUAAUAUUUAAAUUAAAAGGACUUAUAUAGAAUAAUUUAAAAUAAUAUAGUCAGCAAUUAUAAAUUGAGGCUUUAAAUAUUCUCUUAACGAUACCAGUUGAAUUAAUAAUAAAGGAUAAUUAUUUAUUACUUAAAUCUGAGUAUUUAUAAAUCAUAAUUAAUUCAUUUUAAAUGAACAAUAAUUCAUUAUCUUGGAGUGCAAUAGAUUUAUUAAUUUAAUUGAUAUAGUCUGAAUAUAAUUAAAAAAGUUAAAAGAAUUUAAAAUAUCUAUUAAAGAUAUUAAAGAAUGUAAUUCCUAAAUUAUCAACUUAUAUGCAAUUAAUUCCAGAAAAAGAAAAGUCUCAGUUUACUCCAAUUUAAUAUAUAGACAGUGUUAGUCCAAAUGUCUUAUUAUCUGAAUAACACAUAGAUCAAAAUCAUAUUGUAGAAAAAGUUCGUUAUUUUUUGGGAUCAAUUGGAGGAUUAUGUCAUUUGAUAGUGGAUGAGACAUAUAAUGAAUCUUUGUUAGCUCUUGAUUAUAAUAGUCCAAUAACAAUCAAUAUUCCUGUAGGUUAAAGAAAAUUGAAAAUUCGAUUUGGAUAAUUUUUGGAAAGAAUAUUAAAUUUAUGUUUAUAUGCUCCUUUAGAAAAAUCAAAAAUAUAUGCUUGUGAAUUAUUAUAAGCUUUUAUAAUUUAUAUGAUUGGAGAUUAAGCAGUAAACGGAACAAAAGCUGUAGUUUAGAAUACAAAAAAGAAAUUUGAGUAUGCUAAUAUUUAUAAAAAAAUGUUUCCCAUUAUGAUCGAGAUUAGUAAUACAAUGGAUCAUCCCUGUAAAACAUAUUUUAAAGAACAUUUGACAAGGAUUGUACAUUGGUUUGCAAAUUCAAAAUAAUAUGAAGCCCCAGAUGUAGCUUAAUUAUUAGAUUGUUUAUUUGAAUAACCAAUAAGUAAGGAAGAUCCUUAAUUUGAAUAAUUUUGUUCAUAAUUAAUAGGAGAAUUCAUUUAAUGGACUCUAAAAUAAACAACACCUGAUUAAUUAAAAUUAAAUUACUCAAAUAUUAAAACUGUAAUGAGAAGAAUUAUUACAUAUGCAAAUCAUCCUGAUUAUCGAUAUAAAAGUAUGUCAUUAGAAUGUAUUUUACAAUUUGUAAAACAUACUCAAUAAGAAAAGUUUAUAGUAUCUAAAUAUUUCAUAGAAAUAGUAGAAUAGCUUAAAUUUAUUUUUCUUGUAGAAGACAAAGAUAUAAGUAGAAUAGUUUCUAAUACUAAUAAUAUAAUAGAUAUUAUCAGUAAUGCUUUUGAAAGAUUUACAUCAGAUUUAUUAUAAGAAACGAAAGGAAGAUAAGGGAAAAAUAAGACUUUAUAUUCUUUACAUGAAUUUUUACUAAAUGAAGCAAUGAUUGGUAAAGAUGGAGGAUGGUAAUAAGCAGCACUUAGUUUAUGGUAUUUAAGUAUCAGUAAAACAUAGAAAAUAAUUAAGAAAAAUGCUAGAGAACUUUUAGUUGAUUAAAUUAAUGAUGUAGGUUAGAAGAUGAAAUUAUUUCCUAAAUAUCCUAUUCAUAGAUUAUAAGGAGAAUAGAAUUAUAAUUCUCUAAGAUAAGAUGCUGAAUCAUUAUCAUGGUAAUGUAGAGUUUGGUAAUUUAUUUGUGAUAGAAAUUUAUUCACUUUAGAUGAAAUUAUUUAAUUUGAUGAUUAUUUAAUAACAACCUAUAAUAUUCAUCAAUUUCUUAGAUAUUUUUUAAUCAAAAACUAAAAACAUAUGCUUGAAGAAUCUCCUUUAUUUGAUAUGAUUAUGACUUUGACAUAAGACAAUUUCAAUCCAUCACAAUAUUUUUAAAAUGAUCAAACAAAUCUUGAUAAUUGGCUAACAACUUAAUUGCCUGAAAAAUUAGUUGAAUAACUUAUAACUACUUUUGAAAGAGUAUAUAAAUUUGUAAGAACAUUCCAUAUUGAUAUUGAAUAAUACUAUAAUCUAAGUCUAGGACUUGUUAUAAGACCAUCUUAUUUCUUAAAAGGAGUUUAAUUAGACUUAUAUUUUGGAUAAGUAAAUAGUGUAUGUAAUGAAGCUCAAAAAUUAUUAUCGGCUAACAUUAAAUUUUCUUAAUUUAGAUAAGUUUUAAAUGAAAUUUUUGAUAAUGAAUUUGUUUCCUUUGCUUCAACUAUUACAAAUAAAGAUUUAAUUAAAGAUAUUAAUGAAUUAAAGUUCUUUUUAAAUGGAUUGAAAUGGAUUUUUAAUGAAUGUUCUAAUGAUUAAGAUUGUAUUAAUUUUUAUUAAGAAUGUAUCGAUUAGCUUGGUUAAGUAGUUGUCAAUUUUGAAUAAGGAAAUGAUUAAAUUAACAAUAUUGAAUAUGUUACUUAUCUUUUUGAAUUUUUACUCUCAGAAUAAAGAGCUAAAAAUUUUGUUAUUUCUAAUUUAAUUAAAGCAUCUGAUUUUAGAUAAAAAAAUGAAGAAUAACUUAUUGGUUUUAUUGCUAAAUAUUUUGAAUCUGUUGGACAAACAUAUUUUUAGUAUAUUUGUAAAGAAGUUCAUUUAUUUAGAUAAGGAAUAAGAUUAGUUAAUAAAGUUCCAGAAAAUUAAAUUCAUCACUUUUACAAUUUCUAAUUUAAAGUUAAUAGAGAAAAUUCAGCUCUUUUACAAUUAGAAAUUUAAAUUAAUAACAUCAUAAUAAAUUAAACUAAAAAUAUAAACAAAGAAUAUGUAAAGGGUUUAUUAAAAGAAGGAUUUAACACUAGCAAAUCAAUUGAUAUUCACACAGAUUCCUUGAUAUUAUUUGGAUUGUAUAUUAAACAUAUUGACACAGAUUUACCUAACUAUUUAAAUGAUUUAGCAAAUAAAUACUUUCCUAUUAAGAUUUCCGAUUUAAAAAAAGGUUCAAUAGAAGAAUCUAAUUUUAAAGAAAUUUUAAAGAAAUUAACUGAAAUGAUUAAACUUUGUGGAUAGAUUUAAUACAUUGAAGUCUUAUUUCCUCUUCUUAGAUAAGAUUUAAAUUUUGAUUAUUUUAUACAAGAAUUUUUAUAGAUAAAUUAGGAGUCCUAUUCUUAAUUAAAAUGGCUUAUGCUUUAAAUAAAGGAUGAACAAUUAGAUACAAAUCCACUUAAUAAUGUGAGAAUAGCUUUAGGAAAUAAAUUAUUAAUUCCACUUCUUAGUAAUUCUAAGUUAUUACUUGAGUUUUAUUCAGAAUUUACACCUUAUAUUUUGUAAUAAUUAAAUGUAGUAUGGGAUGAUAAUUGGAAGGUCAUGAUAUUUUAAAUAUAAUGGAGAACAUUGAUGUUUGAUUUAUUUGGAAUUGCUUAUAAAAAAAUGUCAUCAGAACAAAUAAAAAAACAGUUACAUUAAAAUCUCAAAUUUUAAGCAGAUAAUGAAAUAACUAAGAGAUUGAUUUUGGAUUGUAACAAAGCAAGCAAAUUUAAAUUUGAAAAAAUUAAUAUUUUGAAUAUAAAUUAAAAGGAAAUCUUAUCUUAAGUUAAUUAUGUAAAAGUAGUUGAAGAUUAUUAAUGUAGUGCUUUUAUUACUUAUAUUUAUGUUUUGAUGAAAACACAAACAAAAGAGAAUAUAUUUUAUGCACAUUUAUUUAAAAAAGAAAGAGAUAUAAAUUAUUGGGAUAAUUUCAUUAAUAAAGAUUGGCAAUUUAAUUUUUAAGUUGAAACAAACUUUGAAGAAAAACCACUUUUUACUGAAGUGAGAAAAUAAUAAUAAGAUUAUUUUUAAGAGAAAAUCGUUAAGAAUUAUUUAUACACUGCAUCAUCAUUAUCAGUAGAACAAGUUACAGAAACAAAUAUGGAAGUAGAAGAGGAAGAUGAAAAUAUAUAGAAUACAGUAUAAGUAUAGAAAAUUGAGAUGGAUGAAGUUAAUAAACAUAAAUUGAUGAUACCAUUAUUAUCUUUAAUAGAAUUUAUGGCCAAUAAACAAAAUUUCUAAUAAAUGCUUGGCUAAUAAUAAACUUAAUAAACAUAAUAAUAAGAAGAAGAAAUGCCAAGUUGGAUGACGGCAAUUAAAUCAGUAUUUAAUGAUGAUAGUCUAUACUUAUCAUUAAAAAUAUUCAUGUUGAAAUUGAUUAUUAAUAAAAGUGAUAUUUUUAAUAAAUAUGCAUCAGGAUGGAUUGGAGUUUUAUUGGAUUAUUGUACAAAAGAAAAUAAAAUUAAUGGAGGAAAAGGAUUUCAUUAUUUUUUAAGAGAUGUUAUUGUUGUUCUUAUUAAAUUUUCAUAAAAAUAAGAAGUAAGAUAAGAAUAUCUUUAAAUGCAUCCUUAAUCCAAAAAUAAAAUAUGUUCAGUUAUCAAUAAUUUGAUAAUGUUAUCUGCAGAUAAAAAUAGAAAAAUUUUUGAUUAGAAUAUUGAAAUUAUUGGAAUGUUUGUCUAAUUAUAUAGAGAUUAGAUGUACAUAUGUGAUAAGUUGAUAGUAGAUAUGAUUUGCAAAAAGCCUGAAUAAAAAAAUUUAUAAAUAGAACCAUAAACAGAAGAUAAUUCAGUUUUAUGGUAGGCAAAUGGAUUGGCAAUUUUACAUAUAGCAUUAUUAAAUAAUGUAGUAAUUUUAUAGGAUUAUCCAGAAUUUGUUAGAACAGCAAAUUCAUCAGUAUAUGAAAGAUAUAGAUUUAUAUUAUAAAAGUAGUCCCAUAAUAUAAAGUUUCCAACAGAUCAAAUAUAUAGAAUGGCAUGCACAUACACAACAAAAAAACAUGUAUUGAAAGGUAUAGCAAAUGUAUAUGGAAGUGUUUUAUAAUGUUGUUAAAAUUUGAAGAUUUCUGGAGGUGAAUAUGAACAAGAGAUAAUAAAUAUAGUUACAGGAAUAAAGGCAGAUAGUAGACCAGGAUAUGGAAAAGAAAAAUUUACAACAUUUAUGAAGAUUAUUACUUUUGUUUAUCCAAAGGUAUUAGGGAACAAUAAAUUAUUUUAAGAAACAGCAAAUUUAAUUGUUUAGGCAUCAAAUAAAGAGAGAGCUUAGAUAUUAAUUAUAUUUAGUGAAUUUUUGGGAUAGAUUGAAACAUCCACAUAAGAUCCUGAGUUUUUUAUAAAUGAGAUAGUGGUAUCUAUAAGUGGAAGUAUAGAUAAGGUGAUUGAAGAUUAAGAGGAAAGUGUGCAUUAUGAAUUAUUAAAUUUAUUAAAGUAAUUAGCAUAACUAAAAUGUUUAAAUGCCUGUACAGAAUUGAUUUUACAUUGUUUUAAUUAAAUUUUAGAUAAAAUAGAUUAAAAAUAUGGUAUAGAUAGAGAUAUUGGAAUAGUAAAAAUAUAUUAAAGUAUUUUAAAAUUGUUACAUGAAUAUUUAAUAAAUUAUGAACAUAAGGAAUUGUAAGAGAAAGUAACAACUUAUAUAUUAUCAUUGUUUACUUCUCAACAUGCAGAGAUUAGAACAUUAUGUUUUAAAUAUUUAUAGGAUGAUUUAGAGCGUAAAGCAAUUUAAUUGCAAUAUUAAGCUGGUUAACAAACAAGUUAGAUAGAUAGAGUGAUUUCUUUAAUGAAAGAUAUAUAUUAACCAUCAAAAGAGACAUUGUGGUUGAAAGGAGCAGUACCUUUAUUAUUGAGUUAGAGUACUAAAACAUCAGAAUAUGAUUCAUUUGUGUUUGAUAAGAAUUUAAGUGAUGAAGCUCAUUAUUAUGAUUAAGAAUUCAAUAAUAAAAAAUAUUUUAGAUAAAACAAUAUGUCAUAGAUGGCAGGAACUUAAUUUGGUUCUUAAUAUACUUCAUCAUCUUAAUUAUUAAGUUAAGCUAUUGGAGCUAGUCAAAAUAAUUAAGGUAAUAAGAAUAUUGGGAAUUAGAAAUAAAUGAUAAGAGCAACUUAAGAGAUAAUUCAAUAACAAUCAUAAUAUCUUGAUGAAGAUGGAUUUAGAAUUCCAACAAAAUCUAAUAAAUCUCAUCUUUCUUAGUUUCUUUAAGCUAAUGAAAUAAGUUUUUAAUAAAUUUAAUUAACAUCAAAUAAUUAAAUUCGAUAUAAACCAGAAUCUGCUUCAAGUCAAAGAGAUGUAUCAAAAAAAUAUUAUAAAUUAAAAACACAAUAAUCAACUUCAUAAAUGUAUAAUUAAACAUAAGAAGGAUUUGAAAAAUUUGUAUAAAAUAGAGUUCGCUAGUAUAGAGAAGGAGAUCUACCAGAUAUUAAAAUUAAACAUAAAGAUAUAAUAGAUCCUUUAAUAGUUUUAUGUUUUGAAGAUGAAGAAUUAGCAGGAAGAGUAUUUACAGCUUUAUUUUAAGAAUUGUAUGAUAAAAAUACUUCAGCUGAAACUUUAUAUGAAGUUCUUCUAGGAUUAUUGUAACGAUCAUAAUGUAAAACAUUUAUUUUUAUUUCAACUGUUUUGAGAACUUUACAUUAAGUCUUGUGUAAAUCUGGAAUUUUAUUACCUGAAAAUAAAAUUGUCAAAAAGAUAGGAUUAGAAUCAUUAGCUUAUUAUUAAAGCAUGAUUUUAACUGAGGAAUGUAUUUUAAGAUUGUAAGAAGAUAAUGAAAAUUUAGAAAUCAGAAAAUCAUUCUUUUGGAUGGAUCUUAUGGAUUUACAUCAAAGUUAAGGUAAUAAAGCUUAAAUUGAGGGAAUCAUAAAUGAAUUGUUCAAAGAUAAACCUGCAUUUGAUUCUAUUAAAUAAGCUAUGGAUUUAAAACAUCAAUAUUCAUAUGUUAGAGCAAACUAAUAGUUAGAAGAAUUAUUAGAGGAAAUUCAUUAGGAAGGAUAUGAUGAAUUAACUAUAGAUGGUAGAAUGGUACAUUAUUUAUAAUAAGAGUUUCAAGAUACAUGUAUGAAAUUAGGAUAAUGGGAAAAAUUAGAUUCUUAAUUAAAAGAUGUUACUUAACUUACUGAUAAAGAAUUAAAUGCAGAUUUACCUUUAAUUAGAAGGACAUUACAUAAAUAUAUGUCAAUUAAUAAAGCUGGUGAAUUUGACCUUCAAAAAGCUAAAUAUUUAGAUAGGAGAACUGAACAUCUUUAAGAUGAAUUUUUAUUAGAAAAAACUCUGAUUCUCAUUUCUGAAUAAGAUAUUGAUUAAUCUAGAUACUUUCUUUAAAAAGCAUAGAAAAAGUUCUUAAUAUAGUGGUCAAGUUUAUUAUCUUAAAAUGAAUUGCUCUCUAAAUAACUUAGACAUAAACAUUUAGAAUAAUUAUAAAUAAUGCAUGAAAUGGGUGAAAUAUAAAGUAUAUAUAGUGGAGUAGAAAUUGAUAUUGAUAAAAAGAUGUAAAUUUUUAAUACUUGGUCUGUUAGAUCUCCAUCUCUUUAAGAUAGUUUAUAUACUUGGAAUAGAAUUUAUUAAAAUCGUUUAAUAAUGGCAAAUUAAACACAUCCAAUUUUAGGUAUGUGGGCUUUAUAAUUUGCAAAAGGUGUUGUUUAAAUGAAUCUUUUUUAAUAAGCAGCAAAUUUAUUGUCAAUUUGUUUUAAAAUCUACAAAUGUGAAACAUGGAGUACUUAUUCUACCUUAGCCAAACUAAAAUUAAAAGAAGAAAGAUUUGAAAGUGAUCAAAGAGAUUUAGAAACUAUAUUAUAGAAAUUAAAUGAUAAUUUUGAUAGAUAUGAUUAGCAUAAGAAAUUAAAGCUUUUUUUCUGUUAAUAAGCAUAAAAAAAUACAGAUAAAUCAGUACAAUUUAGAUUUAAUAUGCUUCCAAUUAUUAGUAAUCAACAUUAUCUUAAAAUAAAUUAGGAUGUAGUUUUUAUGUUUAAUCAAGAGAGUAGAAAACACAAUAAUCGUUAUGAUUUUAAUCCUUUCUAUUAACGUUAUGCUGAUGCUAUAAUGCAAACAUUUAACGGAUAUUUAGAAUUACAAAUAUAAUUACAAGAAGAAAAUAUAAAUCAAUCUAAAUUUUAUAAUAAAGCUGCUUUGUUUUGUGAAAGAUGUUUAAGAGUAAUUGAACCUGAUUCUGGUGGUUCUAAUGAUUUAAGAAAAAUUUUAGAAAAUAGAAAUAUUAGUUUAGAUAUGAUAGCUGAUUAAUUUGUUAGAUAUACAAUAAAUUCUUUUAAAUUUAAUUCAAAUCAAUUAAAUAAGAUUGAAACUCUUUUAAUAAAAGUAUUAAAAGUAGUUUAAAAAUUUCCAAAUUAAAUAGGUCCAGUAUUUUAAGAUGCUGUAGAGAAGGGUCAUUUAAGUACUUGGAUUUUCUUAUAAUAUUUACCAUAAUUAAUACAUUUAAUUAAUGAUAAUAUAAGAUAUUAGUAUUUUAAGAAAAUCUUUGAUGAUUUUGUUAAAAAAUAUCCUCAAUAAUUUGUAUAUUAAUUUAAUGUGACAUAUUAAAUUAGAAAAGAAUUCAAAGGUGAUUCUGAAGCAAGUAAAAUGUUUGAUAAAUUACAUCAAUAGAUUCCUAAAAAUUAUGCUUUUAUAGAAGCAUUAAAUUAAUUGACUCAUCCAGAACAUAGAUUAUAAGCAUAUUUAAAUUAAAUAAAAGAUAAUUCAGAAGAUAUUGAGAUAAUAAUAGAUAAAAUGUAAGAAGAUUUUUAUUCAAAAAGAGAAGAUUUCUAUGGUAGUUAUAAUUUGGCAUAUAUUUAGAAAAAGAAAAAUUCACUUAAUUAAAUAUUAAGAAACAAAGCUGAUUAACAUUUUAUAAAUUAGUUAGCAAUAGAAUUAUAAGAUGAAAUAAAAUCAUUAUAAAUAAAGAAUUAAUAAAUGGUACAUGAUAUGUCUCGUUGGUUUUAGAACUUUAAUGAAGAAUCAAUAGAUCAAAUAGGUAAAUAUUAAGAGAUUCUAAUUCCAAUGUAAUUAAAUGGGAUGAAUGAAUUGGAUAUAAGAAUGAUACCAAAAAUAGCUAGUUUUGAUUAAGGGAUGCUUGUCUUAUCAUCUAUAAGGAAACCAAAGAGAAUAAAGAUAUAUGGAACAGAUGAAAAAUAAUAUUUAUUUUUAGUAAAAGGAGGAGAAGAUUUAAGAUUAGAUUAAAGAAUAGAAUGUUUAUUUGAUGUUAUGAAUAAAAUAUUACCAGAUUCAGAUCUAAGUACAUAUGGAGUAUUUCCAAUGACUAAAUUAUUUGGUAUGCUAUAAUGGGUAGAUAAUACAACAGUCAUUAAAGAUAUUAUAGAUAGAGAACAUUAAGAGGAAGAAGGAUUGGAAUUAUUUAAAAAUAAAGCUUUAACUAAGAGAGAUGAAUAUGUUGCUAAAGCAGCUAAAAGAUAAGGAUAACAUUUUGAAAAAAAUAAAGGUUGCGAAGUUCUUGGUGUAUUAUAAUGUGAAAGUGCAAAUGAUAUUGUUACAAAUUUUAAUGAAUAAAAAAAAUAUGUUAAAGAUACAUUAUUAAGAAAUGGACUUAGUAAAUUAAGUGCAAAUUUAGAAGCAUUUGUUUUUAUUAGAGAUAAAUUCCUUAUUAAUUAUGCAGGUAUUUGUGCUUCUGGUUAUAUACUUGGUAUUGGAGAUAGACAUUUAGAAAAUAUUUUGUUAAAUUAUUCAAAUGGUAAUUUAAUUGCUAUAGAUUUUGGAUUUUCAUUUGGAUAAGGUUUAGCUUUACCUAUACCUGAAUUAAUGCCAUUUAGAUUAACUUAAGUAUUUGAAGGAUUAGCUAAACCUAUUGGAUUAGGAGGAUUAUAUAAAAGUUAAUUUGUUAAAGUUAUGUCUGCUUUUAGAAAAAAAAGACAUAUUUUACUUGAUUUUUGUGAAGUAAUUAUUUUUAUUAUUUUUUAGGUCUUUAUUAAUGAUCCUUUAAUUGAAUAAAUCAAAAUUGGAAAAAAUAAAGGAAUGUCUGAUGAAUUUAGAUAACGUUUAGAAGAAUAAUCAAAAAUUGAAGAAUAAAUAUAUAAUAAAACUGGAGAUUCUAUGAGCAUGAUUUCAUUAGAUUAAUAAAGAAUUAAAGAAACUUGGUAUCCAAGAAAGAAAAUUGAUAUUGUUCAUAAAAAACUUAUUGGAGUUCAUUGUUCUUUAAUUCUUUUAGAGGAAUUUGAUGAAUCUAGACAUUAAUCAGCUAGAUAUGCUGAUAAUUUAAGAAAGGCUAUUUAAGGCAUUAAUUAAAAUAGAUUAAGACAUUAAUUCUAAAAACAUUAAACAUUAUCUGUUAUUUAAUAAGUUGAUUGUUUAAUUGAUUUGGCUACAGAUCCAAAUAUAUUAGGAAGAGCAUGGAAAGGCUGGGUUCCAUUUAUAUGA